AUGGGUAGAAGAAAGAAAAGAAGUUUUGAUGUGAAUGAAGCUCUAGAAUUCUUGAACCAGUUACUGGUAGAUAAACCUCUUCUUCCUUUUGUCAUUCCUUUGAUACUGGUCUGUUGGGCUUUUGAGAAGUGGAUUUUCUCUUUCUCCAAUUGGGUUACUCUUGCCGCAGCCAUCUGGGCCACAAUUCAGUAUGGGAGUUUUCAACGCCGUGUGCUUGUGGAAGACAUGAAUAAAAAAUGGAAACAAGUCAUACUACACACAUCUCCAGUAACACCUUUGGAGCACUGUGAGUGGCUGAACAAGCUUUUAAUGGAAGUUUGGCUCAACUACAUCAGCCCAAAGCUUUCCAUAAGGUUCUCUUCGAUUGUUGAGAAACGCUUGAAGCAUCGUAAGUCAAAGCUUAUUGAAAGGAUUGAAUUGCAAGAAUUUUCACUAGGUUCAUGCCCUCCUAUCUUAGGUCUUCAUGGUACUCGGUGGUCAACUUCAGGUGAUCAGCGAAUUAUGCGCUUGGGUUUUGAUUGGGACACUACUGACUUGAGUAUUUUAUUACUUGCAAAGUUGGCCAAGCCGUUAAUGGGAACUGCCCGUAUAGUCAUAAACAGCAUCCACAUCAAGGUCAGAAAUUCCUGGAAUAUGAACUAUUUAGGUGGCACAGAAAACUCUGAUAUCACAUCCUCAUCCCGUGGUAGUGAUGUAAUGGUUGAACUCCUACUUCUGCAGCUUCUAUUGAUGCCAGUUUUAGAUGGAAAAGCAAUCUUGUACUCAUUUAUAUCAACUCCAGAUGUUAGAAUAGGUGUCGCCUUCGGAAGUGGUGGAAGCCAAUCUCUACCUGCGACAGAACUUCCAGGUGUUUCUUCAUGGCUGGUUAAGCUUUUCACAGAAAUCUUGGAUAAGACAAUGGUUGAGCCUCGCCGCCGUUGUUAUUCUUUGCCAUCCGUGGACUUACGGAAAAAGGCUGUUGGUGGUGUACUCUCUGUGACAGUCAUUUCAGCAAGCAAACUUUCAAGGAGUAACUUGAAGGGGAGCCCUUCUAGGAGACAACAAACCCCUGUGAGAAAUGGUAGUAUUGAGGAGCACCUUGAUAAUAAUGAUCUGCAGACAUUUGUAGAGGUUGAACUCGAAGAAUUAACAAGGCGAACUGAUGUGAGACCGGGAUCAAGCCCUAGAUGGGAUUCAACGUUCAAUAUGGUUCUGCAUGAAGAGACUGGAACCCUCAGAUUCCAUCUUUAUCAAUGUACUCUUGGCAGCGUGAAGUACGACUAUUUAACCAGCUGUGAAAUUAAGAUGAAGCAUGUCGCAGAUGAUUCCACGACAUUUUGGGCAAUAGGUGCUGAAUCCAGUGCUAUAUCCAAGCAUGCUGAAUUUUGUGGAAAAGAAGUUGAAAUGACAGUUCCUUUCGAGGGAGUUAAUUCAGGGGAGUUGAUUGUGAAACUUGUCUUGAAAGAGUGGCAGUUUUCUGAUGGAUCGCAUAGCUUAAGCAAAUUCCAUCUCAGUUCUCGACAAUCACUGUCUGGGUCAUCAAAUUUUCUGUCAAGGACUGGAAGAAAAAUUUAUAUUACUGUUGUCGAAGGAAUGGACCUUAUUAUGAAAGACAGAUUUGGGAAAUCUGAACCCUAUGUUAAACUGCAGUAUGGGAAGAUUAUCCAAAGAACUAGGACUGUUUCACAAGCUUCAAAUCCUUUCUGGAAUCAGAAAUUCGAAUUUGACGAGAUAGGAGGUGGUGAAUAUCUUAAGAUAAAAUGCUCCCUUGAAGAAACCUUUGGAGAAGAAAGCAUUGGAACUGCACGAGUAAAUUUGGAAGGACUCAUAGAUCAAGCAAUAAGGGAUGUAUGGGUCCCCCUUGAAAAAGUGAAUUCAGGUGAACUGCGACUUCAAAUAGAAGCAGUGAGAAUUGAUGAUUAUGAAGGUUCCAAGGGUUCACAUGGAGGUUCAGGCACUGGUUGGGUUGAACUUGUUCUUAUUGAAGCCAAAGACCUUGUUGCUGCUGAUCUCAGAGGUACAAGUGAUCCAUAUGUGAGAGUACAUUACGGGAACUUGAAGAGAAGCACUAAGGUUAUGUAUAGAACGCUGACUCCACAAUGGAAUCAGACCUUAGAAUUCCCUGAUGAUGGCAGUCCUUUACUAUUGCAUGUGAAAGACCAUAAUGCUCUGUUACCCAAAUCAAGCAUAGGAGAUUGCGUUGUAGAAUAUCAUAGAUUGCCACCAAACCAGAUGUCUGACAAGUGGAUACCCCUGCAAGGAGUCAAAAGGGGAGAGAUUCAUAUCCAAAUUACUAGAAAAGUUCCAGAACUACUGAAGAGGUCCAGUUUGGACUCUGAACCAUCAUCAGCUAAAGCACGCCAUAUUUCAAGUCAGAUGAAGCAAAUGAUGAUCAAGCUUCAGUCUUCAAUCGAGGAUGGAAAACUUGAAGGACUCUCGGCAUCUUUCAGUGAGUUGGAAAGCCUCCAUGACAUGCAAGAAGAGUACAUGGUGCAGCUUCAGACUGAGCAGAUGCUUCUAUUGAAUAAGAUCAAUGAGCUUGGCCUGGAAAUUAUGAAUUUAUCACCUUCCCUGAGCAGAAAAUCUUCCAGUAGCUGA